UGAGUUUGGACGUCAGGUUCCUCGGAUCAAAUUAGGUGCAUCUGAAGAGUUUCAACAAAUAUCAGGUUUUAACGCUGCCUGUGCUUACAUUUAUUUAUUUGACUGGAACGUAUGAAACUGGAAAAGUUGGAAUACACUUCCUUACUUACAGUAAAUAUCUUGAAACUUCGGUAGGCUAUCACUUUGUUUGAGAAAGACUCAAGUUCAUUAAGACACGCUAAAGGAGAGAUGGAUGCCGUGGUGAAGAAAUCCCUGGGUGCCCCCUUCCGACAGCUGACCAGCUGCGUGAUGGGGGAUAAGGAUGGAUUUAGCCGGAAAGGCAAAACCGUCCGCAGGAAGAGCGCCCCCUGCUGCUACGGUCAGACAGCACAUGACUCAUCCUGGUUGAGGACUUAUCAAGCGGAGCUUCACAGGGAAAGGAAGCUGAGGCAAGUCAAAUUUGCGCAAAAGACCGCAGAAAGAACCGCAGUGAGGGCGCAUUACAGAAGCCCACACCGCUUUACAAAGGCACCUGUGCAGAGGGCAAACAUAAAAAGCAAGACCCCCACCAAAAGUGACAAAUCUCUUUUUGGUGCCUUCCAAGGACUCAGUCUCAAUAUGAAUGGAGCACAAACCUCCAUAACAACACCAUCAAUUGCAGAUCCGUGUAAAGUAAUGUGACCACAGAGAAGAAAACCAUUUCAAAUGACUCUAAUGAUGGGACAUCUGACUGUUAUCCAAUAUAUUUUCUGGUUACCAAGAAGAAUUUCCUCAAGAGUGCUGCUGAUAAAUAUCUGUUCAAUAUUUGAGGCGAAUUAUGAACUACAGAUGCUGCAUUCCAGGAAUAUAAUCUGAUUAUGGUGUAUCAUGAUAAUGAUAAGUCAUGAGACCUCAAUGUUUAAAAUAUAAUACAAAAAUAAUAAUAUAAUUAAAAAGUCUUUAGUUAAAAAUUUAUAGCCUACAAAACAAAGAAAUUAAUGGAUAAUUAAUAAAUAUUUAAUAUUUUUCACUUUA